AGGACGUGGGAGGUUGUGGGGAGGACGGGAAGAGAAAAAAGAGAAGAAGGAACAUUAUUUUUUGGUAGGAGGUAGGAAGAAGAAAAAGAAGAAGGAAGAAAGAUCGGCCGCAGGAGGAAACGGAAGUGAUCAAAGGGGAGAGAGAAUGGUUGAACAUGUAGAACGAUGAAUAUCGGAGUCAUUGAUAUUGCUCUAUUGCUGAUAUUAAUCGUUGUCCUAUGGAUUGCCUAUACACAGAGCGCAUUGUUGAAGGAGAGGAAAUCGAAAAGAAAGUUCAAGAAAGAAAAAAAAGAGGAAAGAAUGGAAAAGUGAAGAAGAAGAAGAAGAAGAAGAAGAAGAAGAAGUAAAGAGAACAUAUAAUGUAGAAAAGGACCAAAAGAGAAGGCUGAACUCUGACCGUUCGUAACGAUGAAACUAAGAAAUGGUAAUAUUGACAACGGAUAAGCCGGAGGCAUGAAGCCAGAAAUUCUAAGUAAGCGGAAUAGACACAACGGACAACGACGACGACGACGACGACGACGACGAUGAAGAAAGAGAAAAAGAGAUAGAGAUAGACACGGACAAGCGAGCGAAUAAAUGUGCGAUUUAAAAGAGAGCGUGCGCGAGAGCGUGAGUGUUAGUGCAAGGAGAAGGGUAGGAGGAUAGUACUUAUGAGGGAGCUAGAAGAGUGGUGCGAGAGAGAGAGAGAGAGAGAGAAAGAGGGAAAAAGAGAGGGAAAGAAAAAGAGAGAGAGAGAGAGAGAGAGGGCAGUAGGGAGUAUCCACGGGGGAGUAACGUUGCGGACUAUCGACCCGAUACGGUUUAGCGCCUGCGCCUGCAUCACAACCCUCCUGCCAUGACUCGAUGGUGGUGGUGGUGGUGGUAGCCGUCUUGCCGGCGACGCGGCGCCCUACGCAACGUCGGUGCGAUCGGUGGUGCGACGUUGGACCAGUGCCUCUCACGAUUCCGUUCUUGCUCCGUUCGUCUGGCCGUCUCGUCGUUUCGUCGUUUCGUCUCGUCGGCUAAUCUCGAGAAGUCCUCGUCGUCUUUCUCUUCAUUGAAAGCUCUCAUAACACUUUAACAAAAUUUAUCGAUCACUUCUGUGUUCGUAAAGUGCAUUUUUCCUCUGUCGUUAAUAAGUUAAAAAGUUACUCGAACGUCCAAAAUAUUUAGAAAUAACAUAACUUUAAAUUCAUUAAUCGAGAAUCGUGUUUAAAGCAUAAGUCCAUUAAUUUUUUUCGAUUUUUCCUGUCACACGGAUUUAUCACGACGAUGACAACGAUGAUGAUGAUAAUGAUAAUCUUGACAAUGAUAAUGAUGACGAUGAUGAUCAUAACGAUGAUGAUAAUGAUAACGACGAUGAUAAUAAUAAUGAUAACGGGGGUGCUACUACCUUUAUGGGACUCUACUGUUAGAGUGGAGAAUCAGAAGGAUAGACUAAGGGACAUUCUCUUCGUUUAAAUUACAUCGAUUUGAAAUUACAUCAAAUUUAAGACGAAGAAGAGGAAGAAAAUCAAGGAUAACAAAGAUAACAAUAAGAUAUCAAAGAGGAAAGAAGAAGGAAGAAAAUCGUGAAUCUUUUUUUUUGGAUUAUAAUCGUCACGAAUAUUCAACGGGAGAAAGGCAACCUGGCCUGGCCCGUGGGCAAGAUCGUCGCUUCUAACGGACCCGUCGCUGUAAUAGCGGCUGUGUGUCACCAUCCUUGCACUGCCCCAUACACCGCGGCCUCAUGAUCGGUUCAUUCUGGAACCUUUGUCGUGCGUGUCCUUCGAUGCCGAUUGACAAGCAGCUCCAUUCGGAAUACAGGAGCACGUACACAUGGCACGAAUAUACAGGGCCGCAACAAGAGCAUACAAUCGUUCGCCGGGCGCCUCAACCACCACCGACGUCCACCAAACAGGCGAACGCAAAACUGCAGUCGGCGAAGUCAACCGAGGACGAGAACAGCGAAGGACCUACCUUAGAACCGCCAUUGCCGAGAAGAAAGAAAUGUCCCGAAUUGGCGUACAAGACUCACGAAUUUAUUCCGACGGCGGACGGCGGUGGUUUGGACGUUAUAGAUUCGAAUCUCGUAGCUGAUAAGGUUCAGGAAGUAACAAGCACUGUACCAGCUAGUCAACUGAGCAAGGCGAUAUCUCGUAUCAGUACCGAAUACCGUUUACAAUUCGCAUGGCCUAGACGACCCCAAUUAACGAACGGCGAUGCAGGAGCACCCAUUAUAUCGACGGGAGCAACCUUAGGUGCUGGUGGACCUCCAAGAAAAUCUCUCAGUAUGGGAGCACUCAAACAGGGUAUCGUACCUUCUGGUCCCGCGCCAGUUCAUAAGAAAAGACCUGGGGAUGUGGAUCACAAACGGGACGGCGUCCAAGCGUCCGAAUUAGAACCAUUGGUGGGCGGGACAGGUACGGACACUAUCGAUGGAACGGUUCUAGAAGGAGACGAACGCGAAGAGGAUACGUCAGAUUUAAAGAUAGCGUUCAGGGGUAGAAAAUCAGGGGGUAAAACCGUAAGGAUAUCGGGAAGUGACGAUAAAGCGGCGAGCAAAUCGCAAGAGAAACCAUUCCCUACGGCAGAGGUGAUCGAACUAAGACGACUCGCUGACGAGUACAAGCAUCGUGACUGGGGUUGCGGUCUGACAGCCGAGGAUGAAGCUUCCCUGUGGAAACGAGUGUCCAGUAACCACGCUCUCAACGCUCUAUCUCUUGCCAGAUCAGUGACGAAAGAAGAAAAGAACAAAGAAAAUACGAGGAAAGUGACCCCGGUUAUAGCGGCGAUGACGAUGCCACCAGCAGGUAGACCAUCCUCGGUUCAAGCAAGACCAAUUCAUGUUACACAGCAAGAUGAUUUGAAGUUGGAUAACGAAAAAACCGUAGGUCGCGCGAGAAAAGAUUUCUUGAUCCGUCAUCAUCUUGAUCGUACUACUGGCGUAGGCGACGGUGCACUACUCCCCUCUCCAACGAGAGAGAAGUUGGAGCCCGUAAUACCGCGACGACGCGAGGAAUCGAGAGAACACCGAGAAGAGAUCCAACCAAGAACGAAGUCCAGUCCGAAGAAUAGUCCACGUACUGGACGUUCUCAGAGUCUUGGACCUAGCGUUACCGAACGUAGGUCACCGAAACGGCAGCCUCCACGUGCACCAUCUGUGACAAAGGAUAUGAAGGAGAAAGAGAGAGAGAAGGAAUUUAAGGAUAAAGAUAGAGAUCAAAAGGAUAGAAGCGCUGAAAUCGAGAGACCACGGCCAAAAUUAAAAUUUCUAGUGACGGCAGAGCCCCAGCUGAACGGUGAUGCAACGGGAGGUGACUCGAGCGUGGCUUCAACACCUCCGUCGCAAACACGAGCCAUCUCAGCUGGUGCUGGUACUUGGAUCGAUGAUGAGCCAGUCGUAAAGAGUCCACCGGAACCAACGCGUGUGAAAUCGCCGGAACAAAUGAUUAUGCGCUCUCCUGAACCGGUUAACUGGACAGUGCCCCUCGAUACCGGGAAGACGUUUACCGUUACGCAAAACGUCAGAGAGGAGCCCCUGACGCGUCCUCAUAGCGAAGCAAAGACGUGGGCACCGUCGUGCGUACCAUCGGCACCGCAAUCGGCUCCUCCGGAGUUAGCAGCUCAGCACAAGUCGCAGCAUCAUUCUCAACAUUCCGGUUAUAAGUCGCCGGAAAGCGAGAGCGUCUCUCUUGGCAGUUUCGGCGGGAUUACCGAUCAAAAGGAGGACAUGGAUUCGGGACGUGCAAGUCCUUGUUCAUUGCCGACGAAAGUAGAGAACUUAUCCACUGGAGAAUCCGUGAUCGCAUCUGGUCAAGAUGAGAAGAAAUCGUACGAUGCUGGUGGAGAACAGGAUAAGGGAGAACCGGUGAAAUCGAUAGGUAGUAGCAAUUUAAAAUGUCUCGAGGAUCCAUCGUUCGAAUUAGAACGUAAGAAGAUCGAUUCAGGAGUUCCUACGACAACGACAACAGCGACGACAACGACGUCGACGUCGAAUGUACCGCAUCAGCCGUACCGUAUUCUCGAAGCUGAAUCACCUCAAAGUGGGGUAGGUAGCGAAGGAACUGCAGGAGGAGGUGGCGGCGGCGGUGGUGGUGGUGGAGGUGGUGGUGGUGGUGGAAGUGGAGAAACAGGAACGCCUAUCAGCAGCAGCAGCAGCAGCACUACUACCACCACCGCGACGGCUGGUUAUCACGUGUUAGAGGCACCACCGGUUCAGGUGAUACCAGGUACGGCUCAUCGUUCAACGGCGACCGAUGUCUUAGAAAAAGCACGAAAUCGCUUUGAUAAAUUCUGGGGAAAAGGUAGUCCCUCUGAGAAUUAGAAUCCUACGGAAUAAACUAGUAGUUAUGACCGCGACAAUGAAUUCGAAGAGGAGGGGAAUGUACGUGUAGAACGAGAGGAGAGUUGUUCAUGAGAAGCGAUCAAGGAGAGGGAGAAGAUGGGAGGAAGGAGUUUGUUUAUAAACUUUGGACGGAGUUCCUGAAAGCAGUUAUCCCGUCGUUUCCUUUGCUCGUCCGACAUGCGAGCACGUACAAUAUUUAAUCUUGCAAUUGGAAGCUAUCGUAGAUGGAAUAGAGAUGGUUUCGUGCGAGCGUUAGAAAGAAUUCAAGACUCCGAAGAACGUACAUCUUUAAUCGGAGAAGAAAGAAUUAUACACGAAGAACUAACCAUUAGAGUCACGAUCUAAUGGCAAUUCCUAUCGAAGAAGACGGGUAAAAAAGAAGACGUGCGAGCGAAAGCAACGGCAGGAUCGCCUAUGGAUGCGUUGUAGAAGCUUCGAGGAUUCCUUUCGGGAUUACGUUUUCGAAACGUUACAGUUCGCGUGUCUCAUAUUCGUUAGUGCGUUGUAUAAUAUAACCACGUGUGGGUGAUAAACACCGAACAACAUCUUGUAUCGAGAUCCAAUGUAGACGGUGAGUGUCUGAAGGAUAGGUAUCAAUGUCGUUAAAGUUUUGGAAGCUGCGUGCGAAUACAUAUAAGUUAUAAGCUCGACUCGUAUUAGAUUCGCGUCGAUCAUAUUCUUACGUAUAAAUCAAUGUCACGUUCGUGGUAACCGUAUGUAUGUUUCUUUUACAUACGUACGAGUUUAUUGAAUAUUCGAAGUAAAUAUACACACGUACAUACUUAUACGUUACGUACGAAACUUCCUUUACAUUAGAUUCGAAUAAUCGCGUAAGAUCAUCUAUCGUAGCCGAGAGACGUGCGAUUUUUUCUUUUUUUCCUUUUUUGCGAGGGUGGUCGGGAAAUUUCAAUCAAAAAGAAAAUAAAAAAAGAUGAAAACAAAAAAAGAGAAGAAGAACGCACAUAGACUCGACGAAGAAAGAGGCUUGUCACUCUUUGUAGAAGCAAAAAAACCAAAAAAAAAAAAAGGAUAAAAGGUACAUAGCCUUCAGCUACUUCAUGCGUUUUAUAUUUAUAAAAUCUACACGAAAAAAACACAUUGUAUAUGUGUAUGCGUAUGCACCGGUGCGUAUACCUAUAGGUGUGUUGUUGCAUGUGUACAAUACAUACGUUCGAUAUAUGUACGAACACACGUUUAAAGGAUGCAUGCGCGUGCGAGCACACACACACACACACACACUACACGCACACGCGUCACGUAACAUAAAAGAGAAAAAAUAAACAAGACACAAAACAACACACAAAACACUUAAAAACACAUGCACGCGCGUUACGGAAGAGAACGACGAAUGAUUAACAUUCGGAGAAAAGUCCCGCGAGCAACUUCGGCAAGUGGAACUACCUCCUUAAAGAACGCGUCUCGAUCUUUUUUAACUAUAUUCAUGAAGAAAUUUUUCACGAGCUUACUCGUUACUCCGAUAAUUAACUUGCUUCGUAGGAGAGAAGAAGAAAAAGAAAAAGAAGGAGAUGAUAACGAUGAACGAUGAUAAUGAUAAUGAUAAUGAUUAUGAUAAUAAUAAUGAUGAUGAUGAUGAUAAUGAUGAUGAUGAUGAUGAUGAUGAUGAUGAUGAUGAUGAUGAUGAUGAUUAUGAUGAUGAUGAUGAUGAUGACGAAAAAGAAAAACAAAGAAAAAAAGAAAAGGAAAAAAAAAAGAAAAAAAAUUAAACAAAAUUUAUGGUAACUAAGAUAAAUAAUUCCCGUACACGCUAAGAAAGAUUAUUUACCAGAUAUUUAGUAUCGAAAUAAGAAAAUGGGAACGACCUUAAUCCGCAAGUAUAUAACGGUGUGUCGAUAUGUAUUACCUUGUACGGAUGCUGAAAAAAAAAAAAAAUAUUUAAACACAACAGUUCGUCCAUGUACGGUUCGUUACGUCGCAGAAAAAAAAACGGUUUAUUUCGCGAAACGAGCAAGACCCUUUGUUGCUGAGCAAUUUUUUACCCUGGGGAAUGGCGAUUUUUUAACUAGCCGGCAACGAGAAUCAAUUGUUUCGCGCGCAAAUCGAAGAACAAAAAGAAAUAAAUAAACUCGAACGACGACGGGGAACGUUGUUCUUCGAUCGUACGCAUAUCUGUGCCCUUAUGAUUUCUGUCUUCUGUAAUACGAAUAUUUUUGCUAGGAAACAAUUUUCAUUCUAAAAAUUUAGAAUCGCGCGAGAGGAGGCUUUCGUCUUGGAAGGUAAGGAAAAAAAAAGAAGAAGAAAAAAGAAAAAAAGAAAAAGCGGAGUGCUCAAAAAUUGGUAAUUGGUGCUAAUUGUAUCGAAGGAUCAUCGAAAGUAUCGUAAGAGGAGAAGAAGAAGAAGAAGAAGAAGAAGAAGAAGAAAAAGAAGAAGGGUGACGAUAGGACACGAUUCUCUCUCUCUCUCUCUCUCUCUCUUUCUCUCUCUCUCUCUCUCUCUUUCUCUCUCAUUGUGAGAUAGUAUUCGCUUAUAUAUGUAUUUGUUGCAAAAUGACGAGAAAUUCUAGGCCCGUAAGAAGAACGUUCGGCGAGAUACAUAUACAUACGUAAUUAAUAAUAGGAAAAAACAACAUACUUUGUUUUUAAUCCGUUUAAACGAAUUUUUCAUCGAUUAUGCGCUUACGACGUUGUCAUCAAGUAUAACGUCUAUUGGUUGCAUAUUUUAUUUCAUUAGACAAAGGUUUACCUCGAAGACGAAGAGGCUAAUGAACUUUACCUAAACGUUAAGCGAUAAGAAGAAUACAUACGUAAAAAUGGCCAGGAUCGAAAGCGAGAAUUUUCGUUUUAAGAUCGACCGGACGAAGCUAUAGAAGUUUCAAUCGAAAAGAACGAGAAAAAUAAACCCCACUCGACCCUUUCUUUUCUCUCCGAUCCCUCCCUACCGCCCCCACCCCACUCCAACCCCUCUCCCUUUUCUUCUUUCCUUCUUCAUACGCUUAUCUCUCCUCCCUCGUCCUGCUAUUCUCAUUUCUCUUUUUUUUUUCUAUCCCUCGCUCUGCUCCCACCACCAUAUAUCCCCCCUCUUCCCGCUUUCGAAAUAUGCACGCGCGUUUACACGAUACGUCGGUAAUACCACACUCCAUCCAGAUUCACGUCCAAAGACAACCAAUCGUACUGAAACAGCAUAGCGAUAUAGUUGAUAAUGAUAAUAAUAAUGAUUAACGAUAUACGAUAAUGAUAAUGAUAACGAUACUGAUUAUGAUAAUGAUAAUGGUACUACACAAAUAAAACAUUACAAACGACAAAAAAAAUAUUAAGAUAGAAAACGAAAAGAACAAUCGGCGGAAUGGACCAUUAAUGAAAAAAAGGAAGAAAAAAGGAAGAAAGAAGAAAAAGAAAAGGAAAGGAUGAACGAUUACAUAAAUGAAAAAAAAAAAAUUCAGGAGAAGGAAAAGAAACGAUCCAAGUAUGAUAAUUAGGACGCAGAAACUGGAAGACAGUGUUUAGAACUGGCGAUCGUUGACGAUGUCGAUCUUGAUCGGUACGAUCGUGUUACUUCCAUUGGAUACAUAUAUUUUGAACUAAAUCAAAUUUCUGAUUGUAUUAUUACCGAUCUUCUAAACGAUCGAUUAUAACUCAUAUUUAUUAUAACGAUAUACGCAAAAAUAUGUUUGAACGUGAAAUACGAAGGAAGUACGAAAAAGAUCUUCUCUUAAGAGACAUCGACAUCGUCGACCGAUUCGAUCGAUAUAAAAUAUACAUAACAUACGUAUAUAAAACAUCAUACCCCGCGAUAACUUCAAAAAACAAAAAAAAAACAAAGAAAAGAAAAAAAAAGAAAAAAAAACAUACACGAGAAUAAAUGGAGGACUGGCAAACUCUCUCCCAGUUUUCUUCUUUUCUUAUACACACAGUUUUAUGAUUGCGCCUAUCUUCGAAAUCUACGCUUCUUUUGCGACCCACCCUAUAUAUCCUAUAUCUAUCUCGAGUUCAUGAUUCUCCGAGGAGAAUACAAGAGGAAUCGUCAUAUUUCCAUGGUUGUAAAGAAACAACGCCGCAAGUAACAUGCUUUAAUUUUCGAGACAUUGUCAUUUAAAAUUUGGUACAUUAAAUUUUUUUAUUCUUCUUAUUAGAUUUCAUUUAAAUUGCAUUAUUUUUUGGAACGUAUAAAAUUUGUUUCCAUGCAUUUGUUUGUUGCUUUUGGUGGAUAAAUACAUGAAUCCUAUAUUUUUUCUACAGUUCAAUUGAUUCAUAAAAUAACAAAAAAUGUUACUUUUUUUGAAAAUUGUUAUUGUGCGGCAGUUUUCCUUACAGUCAGAGAAAUUAUGUUCUCGUACCAGAUCAUACGCAUCCUUAAAUAACCGAUAUCUCUCUCCUCGAUAUACAUACAUUAAAUAUAAACCAGUGGCACGCCGAUUAUUUAUAUAUAUAUGUAUGUGAUAAGCGACAAAUUAUUCCAACCAAUAAUCUUGUAAGGAUGAGCGACAAGAAUCCAUAUACCUAACAUAUUAUUCAUUACUACCACAAAGAAAAAUUAAAUUAUAAAUUAAAGUAAACUAAAAUAAACUAAACUAUAAACUAUAAACUAUAAACUAUAAACUAUAAACUAAUGUCAAAACAGAUUUAUCGAAAACGGUGGUAGUUCGAUCGAGAAAGCCAACGUCUUCUCUACGAGGUUUUGUCGCUUUUCGCUCAUCGAUUUUCUUAAGAAUCUUAUAGCUUCAUAUAAACGUUUAAAGCGCUAAAGAUAAAAUAAUAUAAAGGAGACGUAGAAAAGAAAAAAAAAAAAAGAUAAAUGCGAUGAGAUAACACGAAGCGUGAAAAGAAUUAAAAUAAUCGAGAGAAAUAAUUUAAUUCAUCGACUAUUGUAAGAGUAUUGAUAUCACACAUAUUUCGUUUGCAAGAAAGGACCGUGCGCGUGCCUCUUGUUUGAAGAAAAAGAAAAAGAAGAAGAAAUGUACACCUUAAUAGAUGCUUAUUUAUAUGGCAUAUGCUUGUUCCUUGAAUAACUGAAUCGAAAACACGGCACGAGUAACAAACAAAUAAAAUAAUCCUAAAAAGAAAAAGAAUAAAAUAAAAAAGAAAAAAAAAGAAAAAAAAGGGAAAAAAAAUAUGAAAGAGAAAAUUAGAUGUACGGCACUACGAAGGUACUAUUACAUUCACGGGUUAUAAAUAAAUAAAUAAAUAAAUAAAUAAAUAAAUAAAUAAAUAAAUAAAUAAAUAAAUAAAUAAAUAAAUAAAUAAAUAAAUGAAAGACGAGACGAACGAAUACGAGAAACGUUAGCGCAUGUGUGAAAGAGCCGUAGCCAUUAAUUACGAAUAUAAUUUUUCAAUCCCACGCGUAAAUUCGAUUACGCACAAGAAGAGACACACGAGGUACUAUUUAUUGGAUAGUCUCGAACAACUAGACACGAUAUAAUAAUAAUAAUAAAUCGACGAUUCCUAUAGAACUUUAUGCGACAAUAUGUAUCAUUUUUUUACGGAUCAACUCAUCAUAUAAUGUGAUGGACAGAUAUUUCGUUGCACAAUUUUCCAUGGAACUAUACUAUGAACAUGAAAAAAAUGGAUUAUUCUAAUUCUCGAUGCCAUGAUUAUUAGAGACGUCUUUUACGCAGUAGGUACUUUUAUACGAUCUACAAACGUAUCUCUCUCUUUCUCUUUCUCUCUCUCUCUCACUUUCUCUCUCUUUUCGUUUAUUUCUUUUUUAUUUUGUUAUCUUCUUAAUUAUCGUUAAAAUAUUUGAGUGAAUGUAAUAGCGCCUUAGCGUGAUUCGUAAUGACAGAAAGAGUUGGAGAGUACAGAUCGGAUCAAGAUCGAGAGAAAUACGAGCAAUGUGUUCCGACUUAUUUCGCAGAUUGCAUUCAUAAUGGUGGUGCAUCAUUUUUUCGCCUAUUUAAAUGCUUAUCCUCGAUAGCUCUCAAUUCUCAAUUUGUUCGAUCUGUACCGCGUUACAUAUUAUCGAAGGCGCAUCUCUAAAAUUCGCACUGCCCGUCCAAACUCAAUAGAACUUAUCGGAAAAAAGAAUUGUCAGAAUAACAAACCGUAAUUUGUCUCAACCAUAAUCUCAGAUAUAAAAUACACAAUAACGAUUCGACGUAAAAUUUUAUGGCUCUGUCUCUCUCUCUCUUUCUUUCUAUACGGUAUUAUAAUCGGAUUUAUAUUGAAUGAUGAUAAUUCGUUCCGUUAGUUGAGUGCAAAAAUGAAAAACAAACGAGAGAAAUUUAUUUAAAACCAAGGAAAGUUCCUUCAUGCCAAAAUGAACGUGUGAUGAUCGUUCGUAUUGCACGAACAUAAUUGAGACGGUAAUUACGAAAAGUAAUCUAGGUGAGAAUUUUUUUUUAAUUAAUUUAUUGCAUAAUUCAUAUGGCAAUGACCUAAUCAUACGAAUUAUGUAAUGAACUAAUUUUCUUUUUUAAUUUUUCACUUAAACCACUUUCAUAAUCACCGACUUAAUUAAAAAGAGAACUCCGAAUGUUCGAAUAUAUAAAGUCACGCAUUUCUUCUAUGAUUUGUUAAGUACAUACUUUUGUACAGUAGACAUGCGCCUGAGAGUUAAUGUACCGUGAAAGGAUAGGCGACUAUCUCGUGAUCGAAGAAAUGGAAAGAAUAGAAAAAGAAAAAAAGAAAAAGAAAAAAAAAGGAAAAGAAAAUGAGAUAAAAAAUUAAAAAAAAAAAGAAGAAGAAGAAAAUCGAAUGCCAAUUAAAAUUCAGCGAGUGCGGGCUGAAUCUUUUAUUGUUAAAGCUAGCGAGUUAUAAACAAAUUUCUUAUACAUAUUAUUCAGUUUCGAGCUAUAGCUCUUGAGAGAAACUUUACCACUUUGUUGAUAAACACUCUUGGGGAUCAUGUGUUCAAACGUCCAGUGUUCGUCAUUAUAAUUGGAGAAAAAAAAGAAAAAUAAGAACGACUUCGAUGCUUUCAUUUUCACACGAUUUACGCUUUCUCUGUUACACGAAAUCGUGUUACGAUGUUAGCAAGUAUGUCUCAUAGAGAGUUCCAAUAUUCCUUGAAUAUUUCCCCGUGCCUACGACGUUAAGUGAUCGUGCAUAAAGAUUUCGUAUAGACGGGACACACAACGACGACAGACCAUUAUACAUUUUUCAAUACUCGUCCCGCGAGUAAUAAACUUUCUUACCAAAAGAAAAAAAAAAAGAAGAAGAAAACGAUACGAGAUGCGUUAUACAAAAUACGUUUAUACGUUUACUUAUUUCUAAUGUAAUUCGGUUGGAUUGUAUUCUAUGUCUUGUAAUAUUUUUUUUAAUAUUAAUUUUUUUAUGCGAAUACCGUGUCAGUGCAUUAAUACACCGAUACGUUUUCCCAUUGAAACAUAGGCUGUGAAUAAUCGAGUAUGCAGAUGUAGCGUUAUACGGAAUAUAUGUGUUAUAAAUCACACAAUUAAAAAAGUAGAGAAAAAAUUUGCAUCGACGUAAGCCCCACUACGCUUCCGUACAGAGCUCGAACGGUUAAUGAAAGAUAAAUUAUUCGCUGGCUAAAUCGAAUGCAAUUGUUUAUCCGAACGGAAAAAAAAAUACAAAAUGAAAAACAAUUACACGGUCGCAAGAAUUUUUUUUAUACGCUUUAAGAUUUUUUAAGCGGUAAGAAGAAGCGGACGUGCAAAAUUAAAUGGCAUUUCGAUCACUCGUCGAAGUACGAAAGCAAAAUUAUUUCAUUCAUAAGAUAAUUUAGUGUAUUCUGUUCGAAAAUCAUAUAUAUAUGUAUAUAUAUAUGUAUGUACAACGUUCUAAUUUUUUGUACAAUAGAAAGAAUCUCGAUGCGCGCUUUAAAUCCACACGGAAAAACACGACUGUUCGACCCUUUCUAAUCUUUAAAUAUAUCUUAAGAUUUGCUGAUCAAUCUGCAUUCUUACUUUAUAUUUUCUCUGUACCGAUGGUGGUCCAACCAUUUCGGUAGAUAGUCGAAAAUUACGGGCCUUUGGAAUAAAUCGGCGAACGUACAGGAGGGAACCGCAGAAUUUUAAUCGAUACUAUAAAAUAAAAAAAAACAUUUUGGUUGUUAAUUGUUGUGUAAAAUUUCGCUAAAAUAAAUAAGCUUAUCACAUUCUUUUCCCCUGGA